UUUUCAGACAAAACAAUGUUGAGAAAAGAUGAAAAUCUGCAGUAGUAUACUCGUGACUCUCCUCUGGAUAGGUUCUGCUUGUGUUAAAGGAGAAUAUGUGGUGGAAUCUGUUCAAGAUAAGGUUGAGGGAGGAGAAUACAACUAUUAUACUUUAAACCAACCUGGCAAUAUUAUCCUGGUCCUAUCCUCUACCCUGGGGGAUGCGGAUAUUUAUGUAUCCUCGGAGAUUGCCAAACCCAGCUAUAGGUUUGAGGAGCAUAAUUUGAGUUCAGCAACAUGUGGAGAGGAUAAAAUUGAGAUAUCGUCCUACGCUCUCCGUCCUGUUCAUAUAGCUAUAUACGGACAUCCUAGGUUCCCUGUCUCCGAGUACACUAUGGAGGUCACACUUGGAGUAGAUGAAGAUGAUGAUCCAUUUCUUCAAUCCGGAGAUCCGGUAGAUAACUCAUACUGGAGCGACUCGGAGAAACAAAGAGAGAAAAACGAAGAAUCCAGAAUUCAGCUGCUUUGGCCGAUUAUUCGAAAUAUUAUUAUGAUUAUCAUAGAAGUUUUUCUGUAAUAUUUAAAAGAACAUUAUGUCCUUACGUUCUAAACGUUAGUUCUUUGAUGUAUAAAUGUCGCCUUUAAUACCAACCAAAUUACGUUCGUAUAAAGAUAUACGUUGUGAUUUUGUUGUAAUGUGAUAUAGUUCGAUAAUGCGUUUAAAAGUGUUCAAUGGAGGUCGAAAAUAUUCUGUUUUAUUUCCGGGGAUCAUUAAGUUAUCCGUAUCUUUGGUCUUUUCAAGGAUUAAAUUAAUUCCUCCUGGAUAUUCUUUGGUCGGAACUCAAGAUAGGGAAAACUAAAAUCGAGGAAUCAAGUACGGUAAUCAAGGGAUCACGUUUAGUAAUCUAAGGAUCAAGCAAAGAAUUCUGAAAUUUAAAAGUUGUCAAUAGAUAUCGAGAUCAAGUUUUGGAAGAGCGCUUAUUCACACAAAAGUUUUGAACUCCGCAAUCAACAGGAUUAAAGCAUUUUGCUUGUAGGGUUUUGAAUAAUGUUCAUUUGUACAUCAGCUUAGGAGUUAAUGAAUUUACUUUUCAUCUGUUAAAUAUUUUAUCAUGAUUGAAGUGAAACCACAUAUUUAUAGACAUGGGAACUUAUGUUCUUAUAAUCUUGUGAGAAAUAAUUUAUCUUUAUUUUUUGUGUUCCGAGGAACCAACCAGAACUAGAAUACGCUUUCGGUCAAUCAUUUAUCAGAUAUCACAGAGUAUUGACCUUAGGUCGCGGAUAUUCUUCUGAAAAUUACCUUAAUAUUCCACAAUGUCACAAGUCUAAUUAGUUUAACAAAAAUACAAAAUUAUAGUACUU